ACUCCUCUACCCAAAGUGACUACUGAACUUGUUGAUAGCGAUCCGCCGACUGGCCCUUCUUCGUCUCUGUUAAUUGAAGAAGACCUGUUAGUUGGGCAGAAGCCUAAUGUGGCCAACGUCUCGCUUAAUCAGUUUUUUUCGAAUUAUGUAUGCGAAGACGACGCUUCUUUCGAAGUUAUAAUGGCUAAAGAACGGAAGAAACGUCGAGAAAAGUCUGCUUGGUUAUACGAUUCUGAGAGAUUGGCUAUUGAAAGACAUGUUAACCCUUUGAUUGCAGGCGAGCGCGAAAAGAUUUCUGGGCCUCUUGAUCCACUUUUGGGCUACACAGCCAAGAACGCGCUUAUGUUUGUCCCGAGUACCAAUGAGUCGGUCCACUCGAAGGAAGCGCGACUUAAAAUGGCCACCGCCAGGAAGGUUUGUUAUGAAAAUACACGACUCCUGUACGAUCCUUUCAAGGCGCCCCGACCACUGCACAAGGCGGCGAGCCAACUGAAGCUCAAUGCAGAGGAUCUCGACUCCGGCACGCUGAAGCCAGACGGAAUCGAACGCCAAGUAUUAGAAGAAAAGUCUGCCUUGCGCUCGCUAGUAUCCCCAUCUCCUGCUCCACAUAUUUACGACUCGCCGCUGAUGACAUGGGGCUCCAUCGAAAACACACCGCUCCGCCUUGAUUCGGAUGCAAGUUUUUCGUUGGGACCUUCUUUUCAGAUGCCGCAAAAGACAUCUCGAGAAAAGGCCGAAGAGGAAAUACAGGAAAAGGCCUCGCUUGCGAGAAAAAGUGAGUUGAACAAAAGAAGAAGAGGGACUAUCGCCACGCCAGUUGCUGGGCCUAAAGCCAGGCUGACCGCUAAUAGGGCACUUGCUAUGACGCCCGCCGCACAGAAGUUAAUAAAGACCACGCUGAAGAGGACGGAUGGUGCGCUGAGAGCCUCAUAUACUCCGCAAAGCAGUUCGCAUUAUACCCGCACCCCCUCCCGGUUACGACGUGUGGACCCCACCCCCCAGGGAAGCUUGCGCUCUUCCCAGAGCGCUACGCCCAGUCAAACCAAAAGUAUUACGGACGAUUUACUGGAAAUUUAGCAUCGCGCAUUUAGUAAAUGUUAUGCUACUGGCGCUGGGGACGCCAUUUAC